CGUUCACUUCUCAUCCACCGCGCGCCUGACACAGCGGAGCGAGUUCUUCUUCAAACGUCCAAAUCUAUCUCCUAGCAGAGGCACCAAUCUGAAACAACAGUCUUUCUUCGCAUUCUCUUCAGUUUGGUUCAUCUGAAUCCAUUGUUCUUCUCGUUUCCAUCGGCAAAUGAACUCGAAGAAGUUAAUUUCUCUUCUCUCGUCAACGCAAGGUUGAGAUAGAAAUGGCUCUCACCUCCAUCUACAGCUUCAUUCCUCAAGGUACACUCAUAAAACCCUCCUUAUCCCCCAAUUCCUCACUUGGGUCUUCCUUUUUCCCAGCUUUUAGCAGAAACAAGAAAUACCCAUCUGAAAACUCUCCCUCUGAAUGGGGUUUCUCAACCUCCAGAAGCCACGGUAGAAGUGGGUUAUUUUCUCCUUUCAUGGCCAGAGCAAGACCCAAGGAAGUGAUAUUGGGCAAUCCUUCCGUUACUGUUGAAAAAGGAAAAUAUAGUUAUGAUGUGGAGACUUUGAUAAAUAAACUCAGCAGCCUGCCCCCUCGUGGUAGUAUUGCUAGAUGCCUUGAUAUUUUCAAAAACAAGCUCUCGUUGAACGAUUUUGCAUUGGUUUUUAAGGAGUUCGCACAAAGGGGUGACUGGCAAAGGUCCCUUAGAUUGUUCAAGUACAUGCAGAGGCAAAUUUGGUGCAAGCCGAAUGAGCACAUCUAUACCAUAAUGAUAGGAAUUCUGGGGAGGGAAGGGUUGCUAGAGAAGUGCUCUGAAGUUUUCGAAGAAAUGCCCAACCAUGGUGUUAGUUGGAGUGUUUUCUCUUUCACUGCGCUGAUUAAUGCUUACGGUCGCAACGGGCAGUACGAGACUUCGCUGCAGCUGCUGGCUCGAAUGAAGAGGGAAAAAAUUGCCCCUAGUUUGUUGACGUAUAACACAGUGAUCAAUUCGUGCGCGAGGGGAGGCCUGGAUUGGGAAGGAUUGUUGGGAUUGUUUGCACAGAUGAGGCAUGAGGGAAUCCAGCCUGAUCUUGUUACUUAUAAUACCCUGUUAAAUGCUUGUGGUAGAAGAGGUCUUGGAGAUGAGGCUGAGAUGGUUUUCAGGACUAUGAAUGAGGCCGGAAUCGUGCCGGAUGUAACUACGCAUACUUACCUUGUUGAGGCUUUUGGAAAAUUGAACAAACUGGAGAAGGUUUCCGAGCUUCUCAGGGAAAUGGAGUUGGCAGGAAAUCUGCCUGAUGUUUCUUCUUACAACGUAUUGUUAGAAGCACAUUCCCAAUCGGGUUCUAUCAAUGAGGCCAUGGGUGUCUUCAGACAGAUGCAGAAGGUGGGCUGUGCUCCUAAUGCAUCGACGUAUAGCAUUUUGUUGAACUUGUAUGGGAGGUAUGGCCGGUAUGAUGAAGUUCGGGACCUGUUUCUUGAAAUGAAGGUUAGCAGCACUGAGCCAGAUGCUGCAACUUAUAACAUUCUGAUAGAUGUUUUUGGCGAAGGCGGUUACUUUAAUGAGGUUGUUACAUUGUUCCACGACAUGGUGGAGGAGAAGGUAGACCCAAAUAUGGAGACAUAUGAAGGGCUAAUUUUUGCUUGUGGAAAGGGUGGUCUUUAUGAAGACGCAAGGAAAAUCCUUUUGCAUAUGCAAAGCAAUGGUAUAGUACCUAGUGCGGGGGUUUAUAAUGGAGUAAUAGAGGCAUAUGGGCAGGCAGCACUCUAUGAGGAAGCACUUGUUGCAUUCAACACAAUGCAAGAGGUUGGGAGUUUGCCAACCAUCGAGACCUACAACUCCCUUAUAGCAAUGUUUGGUAGGGGAGGGCUUUACAGAGAAGCUCAAGCUAUUGUUUCACAUAUGAACGAGUCAGAAAUUCAGAGAAAUGAAGACUCCUUCAAUGGUCUUAUAGAGAGUUUUACACAGAAUGGGAAAUAUGAAAAUGCUCUCACCACAUAUAUGGAGAUGCAGAGGGCUAGAUGCACUCCAAAUGAGCGAUCUCUGGAGGCUAUUUUGAAUGUAUACUGCUCAGCAGGUUUAGUGGAGGAAAGCAAAGAACAGUUCCUGGCGAUAAAAGAGUCUGGAGUUAUGCCUAGUGUCAUCUCCUAUUGUCAAUUGGUAUCAGUCUAUGCAAAAAAUGAAAGAUGGACCGAAGCUUAUGAAGUACUAGAUGAAAUGCGAACGUCGAGAGUGUCCAAUGCUCAUCAAGUAAUUGGGACAAUGAUCAAGGGGGAAUAUGACGAUGAAUCUAAUUGGCAGAUGGUGGAGUAUGUCUUUGCCAAAGUUAAAUGUGAAGGCUGUGCUUACGGAUUGAGAUUUUAUAAUGCCCUUUUGGAUGCAUUGUGGUGGUUGGGUCAGAAAGCAAGGGCUGCAAGGGUUCUUCAGGAGGCAAUUAAGCAUGGGCUAUACCCGGAGCUAUUCCGUUGUACCAAGCUCCUUUGGUCGGUGGACGUCCACAGGAUGUCUAUUGGUGGUUCGCUUACUGCAGUAUCAGUGUGGUCGAAUGACAUAUGCAACAUGAUGGUAAACGCAGAGGAGCUUCCUGAACUGGCGACUGUUGUGGUUGUAAGAGGUGACAUGGAGAAAACAGCCGACUCAAGAGUAUUCCCUGUAGCCAAUGCUGUGUAUACCUACCUCAGAAAUCAAACUUCAUCGUGCUUCAGUUUUGCCCCAUGGAGCAACGGCCGCAUAGUCAGUCAGCAGUCUCAGUUUAAAAAGUUACUCUCAUUAUCCAAAAGACCAGAGGACCGAAGUACGAAAAAGGUCCUUAUUCCACUGAUUGACAUUGAUUUCCCUCGUCCGGGCACAAAAGCAAUUGUUAGAGAUUCAAAGAAUGAUUUGAAGUACCGGCAGAAACGUGAUGCGGAUGAUAGAACUGAAACAGAGCUACUGGCUGCAGCCGCUUGAAUGCUCAUAUUAGAGCACCACUGGUUGCCACUGUCAGUGAUUUUUUGUCGCACCGAUUUAGCAUCCUUGUCAUGCAAUAUUUGUAGAAGUGGGAGAGAAAAUUGAUGUAGGUCUUGAAGGUUGAAGAGCGCCUUCUGUGAUUUGUUGGUGCAACAGAUCGGUGGUCUUCUGAUAGCAA